AAGGGCAGCAUCUGAGGCGCCAAGGUUAAAAACCUCUUGGUUGAUCUUUCGAGUAGGCUGAGGGCUGUGCUUCAUACGGCGUCGCUAUAAAAGAGGGUCGGAAGCAAGUGGGACCAAUCACAUCCCUUCCAGCAUUGCAGUCAACAUGCAGUUCGUUAUUGCCAUCGCUCUUGCCUCUGUGGCCUUGGCUGCUCCUCAGUACAACUAUGUGGCACCUGCUGUUUCUUCGAGAUCCGACUCCGGGGAGCGCGUGGCCGUCCUGAGGGACGAGAGAGUCAUGGAGGAAGACGGAAGGUUUAACGUCGAGUUUGAGGCUGAAAACGGAAUCCACUUUGCCAAAGCUGGCUCUCCCGACGCUGAGAAUGGAGCCGUCAUCCACGCUGGACAAUACUCAUACACCGCACCCGACGGCACCCCUGUCCUGGUCAAAUUCGUAGCCAACGAAAACGGUUUCCAGCCCGAGUCCGACCUCCUGCCAGUGGCUCCCGAAUUCCCCCACCCGAUCCCUCAGUUCGUCCUCGACCAGAUCGCCUUCGCCGCUGAGGAAGACGCCCGUCGUGCACGUGAGGGAUCCUUUGAGAGGUCUGCCUCCGUCCGUGCACCGUCCACUUCCUACGGAAGUCCUCAGUAAAUAGCCCGAAGAAGAUCUGAGCAUCCUACAUUAUAUUUAUUUGUGUUAUGUUUGUUGUGAAGGCAUAAGAAAUACAACAUUGAAAGAUGAA